CGCCAUGCUAGAUUGUUGGAGUAGAUCGAAGAGUAAGAAACUCAAGAUUGAUGGUGAUAGUAGAGCUAUCUAAUUCAAUUCGAUAUUCUGCAACCUGCUCCAUAGACCAUUUCCGAGUUAAAUCUCCCGUUCAUCCUACUGGAACGUUAUUGCUAAGUAGUUACGGAGUACUUGAGUAUAGAAUAAUCAGCCCAGACAAUCUGCACGUGAUGAUAGUCGAUAUCCGGAAUCUCUAUAAUCCGGACGGAACAAUUCUUGUUCCACGUGACCCCAAAUCUGGAGCUGAUAUCAUGUUUCGCGGCCAACAGACAACUAAAGCUUCAGCCCAUAUAAUUCUGCAGCCAUGGCGGACGCAAAUAUUCAGUGAGCUUGCUACCCGAUAUCUCCGCGCGAUAUGUUUUACUCACAAAUCACCCAGGGCUCUUCUCCAGAAGCCUCGUCAAGAGUGCACUGAAUAUGAAAUCGCUCAGAUCGAGGAAUGGGAGCUUAGCAAUGGACCGCUCUCCCUGCUUCAGACUGCUGUGAGGACCAACACCCAGGUCCUGAUCAGUCUUCGUUCCAACCGUAAACUGCUUGCGCGAGUCAAGGCUUUUGAUCGUCACAGCAAUAUGGUGCUUGAGAACGUCAAAGAGAUGUGGACCGAGCCCCAAAAGAACGGCAAGGGACGACCAGUGAACAAGGAUCGAUUUAUCAGUAAGAUGUUCCUUCGCGGUGAUAGCGUCAUUCUUGUGCUUCUGAGUUAGACGACUAUAGACUAGUCGUACCAGAUAUCAGUGGUGGUCUAUUGGCGGCUCUAACGGCUCGGAGUUCUGGUUUUUUGUUGGUUGAUAAAAAAAAAAAUACCCGUGUCUGGUAUAAAAAAAAAAAACUCAUGGACGUUGGUGGUCUAUCUACCCGCCAUCAUUCUGUCCGAGGAUGGGAUGAAUCAAUGUAUGGUCUCCACAUCUAGCGGUCCACGAUAUGGUUAAUAGUGGACUCUCUCGAUCAUCAGAUAGAACGAUAGCCAGCAUGGGCAUGAUUCCCGCCCCACGAAGCAGGCAGCGCUCCGUUGGGGCACCAAGUGUUUACCGCGCAUGAAAUUAUAUGAGCUAUCAGGUAGCGAGUUUUAGAUUUCGAAACAUUUUAAUAACAUGCAACAACUCCCGCUGAAAGAAGAGCAGACCUGCCGAGAAUGCAAUAGAUUUAAACAUUAUUAAAAAUAGGUGAAUUCUGACAAGACAAGAAUGGGAGAACUUGAC